UGCAGGCUAACUCCUUAAUUAAGCACCUAUCUAAGGUUAAUUGAGUGUAAGUCCUUGUUAGUCUAGUCCUGGCUGGUUCCGUGUCCUGGCCACGCCCGUCCAGCUCUCCUAGCCCUACACAUACAUACCAACGUCGUCCGUCCAUUAGCAGACAUGGCUGGCCGUUUAGCUUGCGCAGCUGGGCUGCAUGGCGUCCCGCGAAAUGAAGAGGGCGUCAAUUCCUCGCCAUGCGACUGGCUUUACUAUUUUUUUUUGCUAUUUUUUGCCGCGCUUGUCUCUGUUCCAUUCCUACCUGUGCCUGGGAGUCGGGUUCAGAAAAGACGGGAAUAUGCGACCGUAGUUUGCUCAUUUACUUAAGUACUUAUUACCUACUUAACAGGCUGCCCACCUCACUCACUACCUACGGUCCCCUUCUCUCUCCAGACCAUCACACUCUUUUUUCUACCCCGACCCAGCCCAACAGCCUGUCAGCCCUUUCGGCACUCACACUCUUUUCCACACAAAUAUUAUAUAGUCAUUCUUUUGCCAGGCUCUGGACUUAGUGUCACUCCCUCGUACAUCGACUCAUCCAUCACCU